AUGGAUGAUCUCUGUGAAGGAAAUGGCACUUUUGCCAUCAGCUUAUUCAAAAUGUUGAGUGAAGAAGACUCACAAAACGUGUUCAUAUGCCCACUGAGCAUCUCGCCCUCCCUGGCUAUGGUCUUCCUGGGGGCAAAAGGAAACACUGCAGCCCAGAUGUCCCAGGCACUUUAUUUGAACACAGAUGGAGAUAUCCAUGAAGGUUUCCAGUCUCUUCUCACUGAAGUUAACAGAGCCGACACUAAGUACCUGCUCAGCAUGUUUGGCAGACUCUUUGGAGAAGAAACAUGUGAUUUUCUCCCAGCCUUCAAGGAAUCCUGUAAGAAGUUCUAUCAGGCAGAGAUGGAGGCACUGUCCUUUGCUAAAGAUGCUGAAAAGUGCAGGAAACACAUCAAUGAUUGGGUGAAAGAAAAGACUGAAGGUAAGAUUUCAGAAGUGUUGAGCCCUGGGAUUGUCAGUUCACAGACCAAGCUAGUCCUUGUGAAUGGUGUGUAUUUCAAAGGAAAGUGGAACGAACAGUUUGACAAAAAGUACACAAGAGGAAUGCCCUUUAAAACUGGCUAGAAUAAAAAAAAAACAGUGCAGAUGAUGUUCAAACAUGCACACUUUAACAUGGGUUAUAUAGAGGAGGUGAAUACCCAGGUCUUGGAGCUGCCCUAUGAGGAGGAGGAGCUGAGCAUGGUCAUUCUGCUUCCUGAAGAGAACACUGAUCUUGCUGUGGUGGAGAAAGCCCUUACAUAUGAGAAGUUCAGAUCGUGGACAGAUCCAAAAAACAUGAAGAAAAUUAAAAUUGAAGUUUUCCUUCCCAGAUUUCAGCUGGAGGAGAGUUAUGACUUGGAAUCUGUUCUCCAAAGUUUAGGAAUGACUGAUGCUUUUGAGGAGUCUAAGGUUGACUUUUUGGGAAUGUCAACUAUAAAGAAUGUGCCGUUGUCCAAGGUUGCCCACAAGUGCUUUGUGGAGGUUAAUGAAGAGGGAACAGAGGCAGCGGGGGUCACUGCAGUGGUCCGGAAUGCCAGGAGUGCCCUUGUAGAACCAAAGUUCUGUGCAGAACACCCUUUCCUUUUCUUCAUCUGGCACCACAACACCAACAGCAUCUUGUACAGCGGCAAGUUCUCUUCGCCAUGAAGAGGUUCUGUAGCUGUAUGUGACUCCUUUCCCCUCUGCCUACUUUGCCUUCAAUAAAUUCCAUGUGGCCAAACUGGUGCAGUGGCUUAAAUGUUAAAAUAAAGUGUUUGUAGUGGUGAGGUUUGUGAAUGUCUUUGCUGACAGUUGCAGUGCGCCUGAGGCUUCAGAUGUGUGGAGUUUGGGGUUAAGAAGGCUUCCCUUGUUUUGAAAUGUUUGAUAUACCUCUUAUAUUACUGCAAGUCUAGGCCUAUUGUUUGUAAACAUCUUACUGAUUAAUGACCCAGCCUUUAAUGAGAUUUUCUAUCCUGUGGUAGUCUUCAAAU